AUGGACCCGGUAGCGCCGCUCACGCCUCCGCCCCCCCGUUCGGCAACCCUUCCUCCUCGCACCCCUCCCGCUGUAAUCUCGUCGCUCCUCCUGCGUUCGCCAGCGUCGCAAAUGUCGCUAGCGUCCGCCGCGCGCGGCAGCGUCGACCCCGCCUUCGCCUCCCCACUCGCUGCAUCCGCGGCUAUGGCCGCUGCCACCGCCGCAGACGAGAGCUUUUCCGGGGGGGCGCAGUCGACGGACUUUGCCGCCGUUGCUGCCGCCGCCGCGGAGACGAUUUUCCGCUCUGCCACCGGUGUGUUGGGCGACGAUGAUGGCGAUAGCGCGACCCCUACCGCCUCAGCCACCACCCCUGCAACGACCACCGGGGUCACUGCCACCGUUGCUGACGAGCCGAUCGGGGUUGCCCCGGUCCCUGUGUCAGCCGGGCAUGAUCAGGCUCUUUCUGUCGCCACUACUGCGGCCACGAUGUCCGCCCCAACUCCCCUCCCCUUGUCCACCGCUAUCGUCACCAACCUCCUCGCAGCAGCCACCACCAGCCCGCCGCCGAUGAUGCCGAUCGACCUGUCGUCUCCAGUCACCAGCAACGAGAGCGUGGGCGCCUCCGCAACGGGCACCACCGGUGUCCCCGACCUUUCACGCAGAGAGGAGGUUCUCUCUCCACCGACCGACGCUUGUUGUGAGCCCAACCACCCCGACGAUGCUGUCGCCUCCCCGAUGACUUCUGCCGCAGUGGGCUCCUCAAACAACAACGGAGCUUCCACGCCUUCCGGCGUUCUCGCCGCCGCACGCAACUUGACCACCACGCCCACGCCUUCUGCCGCCCCUAUCUCGGAUGCUCCCGCCAUCUGCCCCACCCCUUCCCCCGGUGGAACCGCCGCCGCCGCCGCCCGUACCUCUCCGCCCCCGGCAUCUACUGUUCCACUCCUCGUGGGAACUACCGCCACCGCCGCCGCCACCGCCGCUGUCGUCGUCGGCGCCAUGUCUCCCUCCACCCCUGCGGUGCCCCUGGUCCUGCCCUCGCCAGGAUCCACCCCAAAGGGGAUCAUCGAGCGUGAGCUGAAGGUGGACAAUGCCUUAAACCCCAUCGCUGUACGCAACUCGGCUACCACGCUCACAGAUUCCGCCGCCCCCACCGUGGAUGCUCCCGCCAUCUAUCCCGCGCCUCCCCCCAGCGGCACCGCCGCCACCACCGCUGCCGCCGCCGCCGCUGCCGCCGGUAUUUCUCCGACUCCCGUCUUCACUGUUCCACUCCUCGCGGGAAGUACCCCCACCGCCGCCGCCGUCGCCGUCGCCGUCGCCGGUAGCUCUCCGACUACCAAGUCUACCGCUCCACUCCUCGCGGGAACUACGUGCACCGCGACCACCGCCGCCGCUGUCGUCGUCGACGCCAGGUCUCCUUCCACCCCUGCGAUAACCCCGGUCCUACCCUCGCCAAGAUCUGCCCCGAAGGGGAUCAUCGAAUGUGAGCGGAAGGCGGGCAGCGCCUCAAACACCACCACCCCCUCGUCCUCCUCCGAGAAGGAGAAGCAGAAGCCACCGAUGCGCUUCCACGACGCGGCUACCGCCAUGGCGUCGCCGGCGCGCCCGCUGCCCGGGUACGCGAACGCCGUGAAAAAAGGACGGUUUCAAUCUGCUGGAGCUACUGCCGUAGCCGCCACCGACGCAGCUGCCGCCACCACGACCACGCCGCUGAAGCCGAGCAGCACAAAGGUUCAAGAGACCCCGGCCCGGAGGACAUCGACCGACAAGGGCACCGCCACCGUGCCGGCAGGUUCCGGUGGGGCCGCGGCGUCUCGUAUCGGAACAUCUCCGCCGCCAACCGGGGCGGGCGCCAAGACCACCACCAGGAGAGCUUCGCAAGGCGGGGGCGCCGUGUCGCCGAUACCGUCGAGGAGUUCGCCGGUGCACACGGUUUCCGCGGCUUCCGUCGGGCAGAGGAGGAGUGCUGGCGCCGACUGCGCCGCAGCUGUUGCUGCCGUGUUUGGGGCCAGGUCGCCGUUGAGACGCGGCGGGGUGCUCGAGAUGGUGGCGUCGGUUGGAGCGCCAGGGGUGCUCAGCGGCACUGCAGCUAGCCCCGCGUUCCUCCAGGGAUCGCAGCCAGGGUCCAGUUCGCUCGACGAGGUUGCGGACGCACCGGGGGCCAGGCGAUUAAGCGGGGUCUCGGGGGUGGCGUCGCCGUCGCGGGUGGGCGGCGUUAACCCCGGCGCAGCACGGUCGCCUUUCGGGUCCAUUCUGCUCAACAGGGCGACCUCCUCAUCGGCACGAGCGAGCGGAGCAGCAGCUGCUUCUGCUUCUUCUCCGGUGGGCCGCCCGGCAGGGUUCACCCUUGACAAGGAGAACCCAGCCACUGGCGGGUCGCACGCCGAAGAAGGCGCGGAGAAGAGGCUCUCGACCGUCCGGAGGUGGCGGCAAGACGAUGUCCAUGCUCGCGCAGGCCGCGGAAGCCCGCACGACAACAACCUCGAGCAGCACGCAGGCGUCCAAGCGACGGGUAUCCGGCAGGGAGAAGAAGGGAGCCGCGGCUGCGACCGCGGCUGCGACGACUUGCACGUCGACGAGGUCGGUGAGGACGAGAAGCGUCUUGGCUGCUUCCAACCGGGCAUCCGUCGAGCCGUCGACGAAGGAGCCACCGGCAUCGGCAACAACAGCGUCCACCACUAG